AGGCAAGACCCUCCACCAGCAAAAAGAUUGUGACUCACUUUAUUGUGGUGUCUGGAAUUGACACUGCAACAUCUCCGAGCUCCUGGCACCUACUCUUUUACCUUCAGUUCCCAUGAUUUUGACUACUCCAGAUAUCUCACAUAAGUGAAAUUGUACAAGGGGCUGCUGGUCAGCCUCGGCAAGGUGGUGCCCGUGUGAGGACCAAGGAACGCAAGUAGACGUGGCGGAACCCUCGAAAACGAAGAGGAAGGAAACAAAAGUAACUGCGCACUUGUAACAGCUGAGCUGCUCAAAGCAGGAAGAACUCUGAGCCUGAGCAGUGGAGGCCCCUCUGGAUCUGGAGAGAAGAGGCAACCUUGGAACCAGUAAUGAGUCAUCCUGACUGCAGGCUGAACCUGGGGACCCUCAGAGGUGUGUCCUCCGUGGUUGGCCCACAUGGUGUUGGUGCUUCGCCAAGUGACAAAAAGUCAAAGAACAAGUCCAUACGAGGGAAGAAAAAGAGCAUCUUUGAAAAUUACAUGUCUAAGGAGGAUGUUUCAGAAGGCUUGAAGAGAGGAACACUUAUCCAGGGUGUAUUGAGAAUUAAUCCAAAGAAGUUUCAUGAAGCCUUCAUUCCUUCCCCGGAUGGUGAUAGAGACAUUUUUAUUGAUGGGAUUGUUGCUCGUAAUAGAGCCUUGAAUGGGGAUCUGGUGGUUGUGAAGCUGCUUCCAGAGGAGCAGUGGAAGGUAAUUAAACCAGAGAGCAGUGACAAAGAAACAGAAGGUGCCUAUGAAUCAGAUCUCCCUGAGGAAAUCUGUGGAAGCCAUCUCCUGCAACAGUCCCUGAAAGGUCAUAAUGACAGUCCUGAUGUCAUUAUAGAGGCUCAGUUUGAAGACAGCGACUCAGAAGAUGGACAUGGCAACACACAACAUGUUCUGGUUGAUGGUGUUAAGAAACUCUCAGUUUGUGUUCAUGAAAAAGGUGAAGAGGAUGCUGGUGCACCAAGUACAAAAGAUGAGAGCACCUCCAUGGCACAGGACACAAGCGCUUUACCAGAGAGGUCACUGCAAAGAUCAGCAAAGGUGGUUUACAUCGUGGAGAAAAAGCAUUCCCGAGCAGCAACUGGCUUCCUCAAACUCCUGGCUGAUAAGAACAGUGAACUGUUCAGGAAAUAUGCCCUGUUUUCUCCCUCAGACCACCGAGUGCCCAGAAUAUACGUGCCUCUCAAGGACUGUCCCCAAGACUUUGUGACCCGGCCUAAAGAUUAUGCCAAUACACUGUUCAUUUGCCGCAUUGUGGACUGGAAGGAGGACAGCAAUUUUGCCUUGGGGCAGCUGGCUAAGAGUCUUGGGCAGGCUGGUGAAAUUGAGCCUGAAACAGAAGGAAUACUAACAGAGUAUGGUGUGGAUUUCUCUGAUUUCUCUUCAGAAGUUUUAGAAUGUCUUCCUCAAGACCUGCCCUGGACAAUACCACCAGAGGAAUUCAGCAAGAGAAGAGAUUUAAGAAAAGACUGUAUCUUCACCAUUGACCCAUCAACUGCCCGAGACCUUGAUGAUGCCCUCUCCUGCAAGCUACUUGCUGACGGCAACACCUAUGAAGUGGGAGUUCACAUCGCCGACGUCAGUUACUUUGUCCCUGAGGGCUCCGAAUUGGAUCAAGUGGCUGCUCAGAGAGCUACGAGUGUCUACUUGGUUCAGAAGGUGAUCCCCAUGCUUCCCAGGGCAUUGUGUGAGGAACUGUGCAGCCUCAAUCCCAUGACUGACAAACUGACCUUCUCUGUGAUCUGGACGCUGACUUCGGAGGGCAAGAUCCUUAGUGAGUGGUUUGGCCGGACCAUCAUCUGCUCCUGCACCAAACUGAGCUAUGAGCACGCACAGAGCAUGAUUGAGAGCCCGACUAAGACAAUCCCUGAGCAGGAGCUGCCCCCCAUCUCCCCUGAGCACACCAGCGAGGAGGUACACCAGGCUGUCUUGAAUCUCCACCGGAUUGCGAAGGAGUUACGCAAACAGCGGUUUUUGGACGGUGCACUGCGUUUGGAUCAGCUGAAGCUUGCUUUCACUCUGGACCAUGAGACUGGAUUGCCUCAAGGAUGUCACAUCUACGAGUACCGCGACAGCAACAAGCUCGUGGAGGAGUUCAUGCUCUUGGCCAACAUGGCAGUGGCCCACAAAAUCUAUCGCGCCUUCCCCGAGAGGGCACUGCUGCGCCGGCACCCCCCACCCCAAACCAAGAUGCUCAAUGACCUGGUGGAAUUCUGUGACCAGAUGGGGCUGCCCAUGGACUUCACCUCCUCUGGGGCCCUCAAUAAAAGUCUGACCGAAAUAUUUGGAGAUGACAAGUACUCACUGGCCCGGAAGGAGGUGCUCACCAGCAUGUGCUCCCGGCCCAUGCAGGUCACAAGAACUGCCCCCUGGCUGUACCAUGCAGGGCCAGUGAGGCCCCCUUUCCCUGACCCUAGAAGGCAUCCACAUCCAAAGUCAAACCAGCCCUGGAGCUGCAUGGAAAGGAGCUCUUUCCUGAGUCACCCAGAGUCUGAAAAAGACUGGACUUCCCCUGGCCUUUCCUCAGAGGCCUGCCUCUGCCUUGGGAUCUGAUGGCAGGGAGUGACCAGGCAGUCUAGAGUCCCUUUCUCCCAACCUAAAAACUGGCGGGACGGGGGACCGGCAGGAGAGCAGCAGUGAGCAUGAAAGUCCUGAGCGAACUGCUGAAACAGGACACGAGGGCUGUUCCAGGGAGGGCUGGUCACUGUGGGAAAGCUACGGUCCCCACCCAUCCCACCCUGCCAAGAGACACCUUGCCAGCCAGGAAGGGAGCCACGGCCUUCUGUCCUCUUCACCCCAGCUCAUCGGGAACUGGGCCACCUCUGAGAACAAACUGGCUCAGAGUGGAGGCAGCUCCCACCUCCCCCUGUGACUUGCCCCAGACGUAACCCAGGACGCAGCAGGAGCUGGAAAAGAAGCUGAACUGGGGAGCUGAGCAGGUCACCACCAGCUGCGCCCUGGGUUCCAGGGCCUUGUACACAGGAACCGGGGCCGGCUGACCAUUUGGCUGAGUAAGCGCAUGGAAGGGUGUGAGGGUGAGAGAGUGUGGCAAGCAGCCCGUGAGCGAGCAAGUGAACACACAGGGUGUGACUUUGGCUCCGAUGAGGAACCCGCUCAUUGGUUCCCAGGCAGCAGCAUGUCCUUGUUUCCCAGCCCUGAGAGCUCAGGGACGCGGGGCCAGCAGCUUCAGGCCUGUGGCCAGGGCUCCCAGGACCGCAGGACUGUUCCAGCCUGAGACUAUUUGCAGGGCCCCAGAGCAAUGCCUGUCCCUUCCUGUACCCCAGUCAUAAUCCCUGCCCUGCCCAAGGGCCUUUUGAACUCAGACCUGGGUCUUGGCCCCGGGCCAGAUUAUCAGGGAUGAGAAGGGCUGAGGCUGGCGAACUGUUGCCUCCCUUGGCUGGCACACGGUGGAGCGUUGGGGGCA